UACAAAAGUAGAUCUAAGAGAAAGGUGGUGGAAACGUUGAAAGUAUAUAAGCUUCUGGCACGACUAGCUCAGAACACUCAAACACACGUCCUUCUUCCGCAUUGUUAAAUAUUUAGCGAUGCUUGUCACCAUGUAUAAAACUAUAUGGGUUUUGAAUCUGGGAGCUUGCUUAACCUUAGUAAUGGCAAGCGACUAUGGAGGCCACGAUCAUCAUACAUAUGAAGAAAAAACACAUACCGUAGAAAUACCAAUUUACAAAAAAUAUGCAAUACCGAUUCCGCAUCCCGUACCCGUAAAAGUGCCACAAGAAAUUAGAAUUCCGAUACCACAGCCAUACCAAGUGCCAAUAAAAAUUCCUCACCCUCAUCCUGUUGAGGUUAUUAAACACAUUGAAAUACCAGUAGAAAAACCAGAGCCAUAUUUUGUGGAAAAGCAGGUGCCUUUCGUAGUGGAAAAGCCUUAUCCUGUCUAUGUAGAAAAGAAGUUUCCCGUUCCAGUUGCAAAACCGUAUCCGGUCCAUGUACCUGUCUAUAAGCACGUAAUCGUCCACAGCUCUAAAGGAAAGGGAUGGCACUAAGCUUUGUUUGGAUAAACACCGGAAACAUUGACUUAACUGUUGGCGUAGGGGUGUACGAUGUGUGAUCAAGCUUUUAAUUGAAAGCGGUUUUUUAUCAAUUUUUAGUAAAUUGUAUAUCAGAACUCGUAAGCUUUAGUUCAUAUAUUUAACUUUUCUCGUUACUUAAAUAUUUUGCUGCCUUUUUAUUGUUGAAUAAUAAUGUUGAAUUUCUUAGCUUUAAUCAAGAUCAAUAUACUAAAACAUGAUGCCAUGUAUUAUGAAUAUUUAAAAAAGUCAGGUCUUAAUUAAAAAUCAAAAAUUUAUGUUUGCUUUUGAAUAAUUAAAAUAACGAUGCUCGUUUUUUGCACUAAUUAGCUGCCAUAAUUAUUUGUAGGGUUUUUAAAUGUAAAUAAGUGUUUUAUUCGUAACACACCGUACAGGAUGAGAUUAAUUUUGUAUAUACUUGAUGUUUACUUAUUUUUUGUUAAAUUACUUGUAUGUUUAUUGUUAAUGCAAUUUCAUCAUAAAUUUGCUACUGCUGAUAAUCGUUUCAUAAAAAAGAAAACGAUAGCAGUUUCCAAUAAUAUAAGAAGACAUUGUUUGUUAUAUUUCAUGCGUUUUUUAUUUUUCUAUUUAUUUGUAUUAUUAGCUAAUCUAAUACUAAUUUUUCUAUGUUAAUGUUUAAUAAAUUUAUUUACUGAGUCAA